CAGCAUCUUGUUUCAUCUGUGUCUAGUUCCGAUCUUUCAUUACACAGUAAACAUGGGAAGAACUAGGCGACGAACUUCAGAGAAUGGAUCAAGCGCGGAGGUGGCCGCCAGCACCAGCCACUCUGGGGAUGGACCCCUCCCUAAGCGACUGAAAACCGCACCGGACAGUACAAGGCGACACCUGUCGGCAGAGGAGUUCCGUGCCAGGGCCACUAACGUUACCGCCAAUGUCGUCACCAAGACUGCUCGGCUUUUAAAAACGAGCAAAGUUCACCGCCAUCUUGUCGAGAACCGCAAGGCGCAUCACACCAACGACUUUGAACUGGACAGGUUGAUAACUCGACGAGGUCAACUGUUCAAACUAACGGUGGAGUUCGAGGAAGCCUUUGGCACAACCACAGACAAAGUUUUCCUACAGUUUGUCACAGGAGCGAAGCCUCAACAAAGUAAGGGCACCAUAAUCCGUAUUCCUGUCGGUCUCACUGUGAGCUCCAAGUCCUCCAGUGGACCGCCUUACGACUGGAACUGCCAGACAACGGAGACCGGGAAGCGGUCCGUAACUGUGACGAUAACUCCGCCUUCUAACAGCAUCGUGGGAAGGUACACGCUGUUUGUGGAGACCCAGAGUUCCGGGGGAGACGACGAGAAACAGUCCAAGGACAGGCGGGAAGAGGCAGAAGAGCUUUACAUACUCUUUAACCCGUGGUGCCCAGAGGACACGGUGUUCUUAGCGGAUGACGUUCUCAAACAGGAAUAUGUCCUCAACGAUAGAGGAAGCGUUUGGAUGGGCAGUGUCCAUAGACCUUACGGCAGGAAGUGGAACUUUGGUCAGUUUGAUGAUCCUGUUUUACAAGCCGCCAUAUUUCUCCUUAAUAAGAGUGACCUCUGCCCCACUGGACGGUCAAGCCCAGUCUCUGUCAUCCGGGCAAUCUCAGCUCUCGCCAACAGCUCUGACGAAGAUGGAGGUGUUUUGACCGGAAGAUGGACCUCCGAUUAUCCGCCAUCUUGUACCGUGCCUUGGGCUUGGAACGGAAGUGUAGCCAUCUUGACUCAGUUCAUGGAAACCGGGAAGGCUGUAGAGUUUGGUCAAUGCUGGGUUUUCUCUGGACUCGUCACUACACUGCUUCGCGCCAUAGGUAUUCCUACGCGCAGUGUUACCAACUACCGGUCUGCUCACGACACGGACGGCAGUAUGACCAUUGACAGUCACUGGGACAAGGAGGGCGAGCCCGUCGAGUGGAGGGACGACUCCAUCUGGAAUUUCCACGUGUGGAAUGAGUCUUGGUUAAAGAGGACAGAUCUUCCGGAAGGAUACGACGGCUGGCAGGCACAUGACUCAACUCCACAGGAACUCAGUGACGGCUUGAUGAGAUGCGGACCAGCAUCUUUGAAGGCCAUCAAGGAAGGUCACGUGUAUCUCAACUAUGACGUACCCUUUAUCUUUGCCGAAGUCAACGGAGAUCGAGUGCACUGGAUUGUUGACUCUGAUGGUAACAUGACAGUUCUGGAUGUAGAGGAGCAUGCCGUGGGUCACCUGAUCAGUACCAAGUCAGUGGGCUCUGGGGACCGGGAAGAUCUCACCCUACAGUAUAAAUACCCAGAAGGGUCUGAAGACGAACGUAGAAUCGUCCACUAUGUAAACAGGUUCAGUUGCCGUAAGAAGAUUUACCAGAUUAGUCAGAAGAAGGACGUGACGUUUUCGCUCAACCUUCCUGAGAACCCAAUCCUUGGCGAUGACAUCCAGGUCACGGUGCUGACGAAGAACAACUCGUCUGAGCAAACUCACCAAGUGGCCGUGUCCAUCUCCAGCAUGGCCUCGUUCUACACGGGAAUCCCCAGCCGUAGAAUCAAGAGUCUCAAGGUCCAGCAAACCAUCCAGCCAGAGGAAGAGAAGGAGAUUGUAUUAGACGUGGCUAACGAAGACUAUCAAGGCCUGAUGACAUGUGAAGCAGCGGUGCAGAUCUAUGCGCAGUGCCGGGUGCCGGCUAUCAACCAGUCCGCUGUCAAGCAGGCGUCCUUCUUCCUCAGUAAACCAGCUACCCUCACUGUAGAGAUGCCAGAAAGAGGAAAGUACAAAGAAGAUCUUACUGCCACAAUAAAAUUCACUAAUACGCUCAAAAUCCAACUGACCAAUGGCGUGUUCCGUUUGGAAGGAGCUGGACUGACCAAGCCUCAGAUCAUCCGGCUAAAGAAGCCGGUCAAGCCCGGAGAAGAAGUUGUCCACGAGGUCAGCCUCUUUGCUUUCCGAUCCGGAGAAAAGGAGCUGAUGGUGGAUUUCUCCUGCAGUGAGCUGACCGGAGUGGAAGGCAGCGCCACCAUCUACAUCCCCUACACAGAGUAGUAAUGGAGCAUAGAUACAACUUGGGGCAGAAUGGAUUACGGGAGAGUGAUGCAUAGAAUGAUGGCUUCGAAAUCAGUAGGGAAUGGAGAGACACGAAUUGAGUGAUGACAGGACAUGGAAGAAUGGUUUUUGGGGGGACUGGGUUCUUUUACGUCCUCUCAUCGCUUGUGAGAGGAUAGGCCAUAGGAUAAGGAGUUAAGAGGGCGGUAAGACAUCGAAGGAUUGAUUCGGAGAAUGGGACAUAGAAAGACGGAUUAGGAGAGGGUGGGGCAUAGAUAAUUUGAAUUUGAAAAUAAAAAAAAAAUAAAUUGAGGUGUUUGAUGAUAUUUUGUUGAAAAAAUCAGCCUUCUGUUGUGGUUUGGGGUUGGGUUGGAUGGCAGAGACUAAGGUGUUAAGCUUUUACACACCCAUGUUUUGCAAUAAUAGGACAUUGCAUCUGAUGAAGUUAGGCCAAGGGAUGUGCUCUUUUGAUAUUAAGGUGAAAUUGUUCUCACCUUACAGUCGAUUGCCGUGGUAUGACGUAUUUCACAGUCCAGAUCUGGUGAAAAGUUACCCUUCCCAAAGGCUGGUUAUUAACAUUAAUGCGAAUGGUGCGAGUUCUAACAACAACUGUUAUUUGCUCAAUUCAUAAAAAUGCUCUUAGCAUCUCGCGAAACUGCACAUGUUCGACAAUGAAUCAGCAUGGAUUAUAAGUAUUAAGAAAAUGAAAGUAUUAUAGUUUUGUACUAUUUAAAUAAUACAUAUUGAAUGGGGUUCUCCGGUCAUCUA